AGAUAUGCGUCCUCCCACCUCUUUCCUCUAAAAGAGCCGGUUAUUGACCUGUGGAGUUAUACAAUCUGCUUCUCUCCGUCGAGCGGACGUGUUGGCCGUUGCUACCCUUCUAGCCGCAGCGCUCUCGGUGAUCUAUCUGCUCUCGGGGCUCCUCAAACGGGGCAUGCCCUGCCAUGGUCGACCUGAACGGAGGCUGGAACCUGUCUUUCGCCGGGUGCGGCUUUCUGGGAAUUUACCACAUCGGAGUUGCCAGCUGCCUGCUGGAGAAAGCGCCCUACCUCCUCACAGGGGCCACCAAGUUGUACGGGGCCUCCGCCGGCGCUCUGACCGCUUCGGUGCUCGCCAGCCAGGCAUGCAUAACCAAAUGUUGUGAAGAUGUGCUCGAGGUGGCGAAGGAGGCCAGGAAGAGGAACCUGGGGCCCCUUCACCCCACCUUCAACCUGGUCAAGGUGAUACGGUCCGGCCUGGACCGGGACCUGCCCUCCGACGCGCACGUCCGGGCCUCGGGGCGGCUGUGCGUUUCGCUCACCAGAGUGUCCGACGGGGAGAAUGUGCUGGUGUCGGAGUUUGGCUCCAAAGAGGAACUCAUCCAGGCGCUGAUCUGCAGCUGCUUCAUUCCGGUCUACUGUGGGCUGAUCCCUCCAUCCUUCAGAGGAGUGGUAGGUCAAUUGCUACUCAUCAAGGUUUAGCUUUGGUUCGCACAAUUAUUUGUACAAAAUCAUAUUUCACUUUAUUUUAUUCUUGUCCUAGAACUCAACGUUGCU